GCUAAUAUUUGACGGGCUUGGGUGCAAAAACUGUGUAUAUUUCUACUUGUGAAAAGUUUUUGUGUGAAAUGUAAGCUAGGGUACUGAAACUGUUGUCAGUAAUACAUUGUAUGUCUAACUUGUUUGAAGUGCAUGUGUUGUGGUUCCUCUCUAGAAAUAAUCUAUUUGUUUGGAGGCUGGGAUGGGAUGCAAGAUCUGUCAGAUUUGUGGGCGUAUCACAUACCUUCAAAUCAGUGGACGUGCCUUUCGCAGGACACAAGCUGUGAGGAUGGCCCUAGUGCAAGAUCAUGCCACAAAAUGUGUAUUGAUACAGAGAGGAAGAAAAUCUUUACCCUCGGGAGAUUUGUUGACGCUUCUGUGAGGUCACGCUCCCCAGAGAGCUUGAAGAGUGAUUUCUAUGUGUACGACAUCGACACUAACAAGUGGACCUUGAUCACAGACAACACGGCAGAAAUGGGAGGACCUCAGUUGAUAUUUGAUCAUCAGAUGUGUAUGGAUGUAGAAGAAAAUACAAUCUAUGUUUUUGGAGGAAAAAUUCAUACAAAUCAAGUUGUUGAUGAACAUGCCAGUGUUUGUCCCGAACCUCUCUUUAGUGGACUUUUUGCUUAUCGUGUUCCGACUAACACUUGGUACAAACUGCAAGAUGACAGUGGUGGUUGUACGUGCCCUAGUCCAUAUGAACUUCGGGCUCGUGUUGGUCACUCCAUGCUGUUUCAUGAGAAAAACCGCAAGCUCUAUAUAUUUGCCGGACAGAGGUCAAAAGAACAGUUGAGUGAUUUUUACACCUAUAAUGUUGACACUGGUGAAGUUCAAGUUCUUUGUGAUGGAGCAAAAGUGGAAGUGCCCUCUACUGGCCUAACACAGAGAGCCACCAUUGAUCCUGAGCUGAGUGAAAUUCAUGUUUUGUGUGGUUCAAAUCGAGAAAAGGAUAAAAGAGAAGAGAACAUCAGAAAUGGAUUAUGGGUUUACGAAAUUAGUCAAAACAAGUGGUAA